AAAUGGCGCCCGGGUAAAAAUGUUGUUGACAGUAGAGACGGUUGUCACUGAGCGAUUUUUCAAGAAAUGUAAUCAUGUAGGUCCCUGACUUUUACUUUAAUGAGUGGACGGGAUCUUAGGAAGUUUGUGAACUUCCACAGAACUGCCAUCGGGGCCGCAGGUAGGGAUCAAAUAACAAACUUGUUAAAUGAUUUCCAAAGAUCGGCAGCAGCUUUUAAAUGAAAUUAUUUCACUCUGCAUAUUUACAUUGUUUUUUAUGAUUUCAUUGUUUGGAGGAUAUUUUAAGUCUUUUGUAAUGUAUACUUUGAUUUUAAUACAUUUAUUUGUGUGAAGGUCACUGUUUUAUUAGUGUUUUGUAUACAAUUAUGAGCCCCCGAUAAAUAUUUUUAUUUACUUACCUACUUAAGCUUACUAACUGACUGACUUAUUUGACAAUUGUAAAAUGUUAUUGGUAAAAUUUCCGCACAGCCCCAUACUUCAUUAUACAUUCAGUUCUUGAAUAGAGAAAACAAUGACUAAAACAAUACAUUGCCAUUGGGAGAACAGAUUUGUUUUACAAUAGUAUGGGGCUGUGCGGAAAUUUUACCAUGUUAUUUUUUUUAGUGUUUUCGAAAUGGCACAGGUGUCAUAUUAAGAUGCAAAGAACCUUAACAUGUGUUAUGUUAUCUAAGUAACAAGCCGAGUCUUGAAGUUCUGAGAUAAGAUAAUUUUCUUAUAAGUAUUCAAAUAUGAAGUCAGGUAUUUUUACUGAUUUUGCAGAUAGUUCACUUGUUAACCGCUUUAUAGAAGGACAUGGUAGUAAUCAGUAUAGACCAGCUGAUUAUGACAAACUUCAAGCCAUCGCUCAGCUCAGGAAAGCUGCUGGAAACAAAACCUUUCAAAAAGUAGAAAAGAUAACCAGAGCUAACAAAGAGAAAAAGGAACAGAAUCUUAUUCAGCAGCACAAAGCCUGUUGGUCAAAAGAAAAAAUAAGACUUCAUAGUUUACAGCGAAAACUACAAAGUGAAAUUGAUGCAUUGAGACCUGGAAGUCCUCUUGAUUACAGCUCAAUUAAGGAGUUCUUUCAAGAUCUGGAAAUCUAUGAGGAAGUGCUUAGUGAAGACAGCACUGAGUUUAAGAAAAGCACUAUUCAACCAUUAUGGGAUUUAAGAGAAGACUUGCAGUUCUGGCUUGGAGAGAACAGAGACAGAAUUGUGAUGGGUCUGUCAGAACCUUUAAUUUCCUAAUUAUUUAAUCGAUUUUUUAGAAUUUGCAAGUUCUAUUGCCAUGGUUAUGUUUUAACCCUUUAACUCCCAGAAGUGAUCAACAUGAAACUUCUCCCAGUAAUAUCCUGACAUUAUCCAGUAAACAGGUAAUGAGGAUAUUCAAACUUAUCGGGUAGUAGUUUUUAUCUUGAUCUAACACCAAAUACUGGUAAAUAAUUUACAAGGAAAUGUCUAGCAGCAAGAUAGGAGAAUUAACAAUUAAAUCUUGGAAGUUGUGCUUAGUCUUUCAGUUAUCUUUCAGGAUUAUUAUGUAAAUUUUGUUCUCUCUUCAAAGUCAACAUGAAACAGGCACUCAGUAGGAAAUUGUGAAUUAAUUUAUUUUGCAGAUGCAAGGUUUGGCCUUUUAAAAUUGGUAUGGCUAAACCCUGAGUAAUAAUUUAUUUCAGGAAGAAUAAUGUUGCCAACAUGUGGCAAAGAAACACUUAAUAAGCUGAGCUUGCCCAGAUACCCUAAUCUCUAAUACUGCUUUUGAUAAUCUUUCUAGGAGUUGCUGACAAAGAACAUGCAGAUGUGCUCAAAAUUGUGGAAUCAGUCAAAAUGCAGCAGCGCAUAGUGAUAGACAAACUUCAAAUGGAACAAGAACAGCUUGAACAAGAACUGGAGAGUUUAUCGUUGCAUGAAAUUACAGGAUUAGGAGUGGUGUCUGAUGUUGGUAUAGAGACAGGCAUCCCUGAUGAGGCAUUUUAUUUGGACUGUCCUGAUGAACAGUUAAAGGAUACUGUUUUGGAAGAGUUCCUUCUUCUGGAUAAGAAAUAUGAAGCUCAGUUGGAGUACUUAAAUCUGAAAUAUCAAAAUGUCAAACAGUAAGUAUCAUAAAUCCUUGAAUUAAGGGCAAUUUUCACACACCUCCUCCCUCCUUAUCACUUGUGGAAUGAAAUUCUUAUUUGGAAAUCUUCUUGAUUCUGACCAGUGUCUUGAUUGUAGAGUUGGUCCCUGAAUUUGUUUCAUAUUAACUAGCAUUUACAUGUAAAAUUACUUUUACCAGAAAUGCUACUUCACCUAAGGGCCACCUUUUCUUUUCCUGGAUCUUCUGUCAGACCUUUAAACUGCCCUCCUGCUGUGAUUCAGAGCUAGAUUAGCUUCUUAUAAUUCUUAAAGAACACAACACAGCGAUUCUUCAAGUAUUUUUUAUAUGAUAUUCAAUAGCUCAUUUUGCCCUGGAAAUUACCUUUUCUCAGUUUCCUGGAUCACCGGUCAACAAAAUGAUUCCAUUCAGAACUUUAAUAUUGGUCUAUAAGAGGUAGUGUCUCAACAAAUUCACAAAGCUUGUCCCAUUUUGAUAGAGAGACAAGGAGUACUGUUUCUCCUCUUGGGUGCACUGGUAAGGCCUUUGUAGGUCACUCAUCAGUAUUCACUAGGUUUCAUGACAGCUCACUGAUAACAUAUUUACAAUACUCCUGCAUGGAGAGAGGUACCUGCAAAAACAUGUCAAUUGACCUUAGUCAAGAAUCCCUGGACCUACAUGUAGGUAUUAGUUAUUAUUAAAAAGAUAUGAAUUAAGAGAUGCAUUGAUAUUUAAGGACAGUGUAAUUAUUACUCUUUCAGAUCUAGCACUGGAGGAUGGUCAAAGCAUGAUCAUUUGCACUUUGUCCAUCUAAUGGAACAGUACCCACCUGAGAUGCCAAACAGAAGAAUGCUCUAUAUUGACAGGAUGCUUAGGGAAAUCUCACACAAGACUCGCUCACAGCUGGUACUAAGAGGUUUUCUUUUUUUACUAGAUGACAGCAUUUCCAUCAAAUUUUGGUAUUGAUGAUAAAUUCAAUACAUGUUUUUGAUACUCAGUCACAAUUCUGAAAUAGGUCAAUUUUUAAGUUACUUUAUGUUUUAGGUUGAACAUGAAGAAUGGUUUGUUGCACACAAAUUUUACCAAGAGCAGUUUUCCAGCACACUUCGUGCCUGGGCACAUGAUAGACAAGAUUUACUCAUAAAAGUUAAGGUAACAUUUAUUGAUGCAUGGACAGCUUAUGAGGAAGCCACAGAGAAAGCCAAAACAAGAAAGAAACAGGAACACAUCUGUCAAGAACUCUAUAAGAAGGUUGGUCCUGGGCAGUUCUUAGGAAUUUCAUUUGAAUUUAGUGUAGAAAUACUGCAGAACAAUCUGGCCAUGUAGUCUUGGGGAGUGAUGCAUGUAGAAAGACUCUAGGCUCACAGGUACAAUUCAGUCUUUACUACCAAUACUUCUAACUUUUGUGUUCAACCUCCAACAGGUACUUGCAUUCCGUGAACAGAAGCUUGAGGCACUAAAGCUGCAAGCUUCUAUUGCUGCAAAACAGCAGGAGGAAGAGGAAGAACAACUAAGGGCUGCUGAAGAGAGGGAAAGAAAGCUCAGAGAUAAAAAACAUAGGCAGGUAUGAUGAAGCUGAUUUAGAGAUAUUGAAUAAAUAUUAUUUUUUCAAUUAACAGAUUAAUUCUUGCAUCACCUACUUGUAUAUAAUUUUAUUAUCUACCUGCACCUAAUAGAGUAGAAAUAACAUACAAAUAUCCUGCAAUAUUGUAUUUUUAUUUGGACAGUUGCUUAUUUUGUAUUGUAAAAAAAUCCUGUUUAACCAGUCGGCUGCACAUGCUACGCUCCUCUAUCUGCUUCGCUUUUUCCACCUUGUGAGAAAUGAGCAGAAAGACUUUGCAGAAAAAAAGCAGUUGGAUGAUAAAUGUCUUAUUAGAUGUUUUGGUGCGUAGUAUCACUGUGUAUUUUUACAUGUUGUCAUAUUUUUACCCACCCUACAGGCUUGUCAAAAUAUGGCACAACUUGUAAAAAUGCUCAGCAAUACUACACACCAAAACAUCUAAUAAGAUAUGUAUAUACCCCAUGGACAAACACGCUUGAGCAAACAGUAAAAUUGUUAGGAUUUUUAAGCUAAGGCUACCUCAGAUAUUGCAAAAUAUGGCAGCUACUUAAUACUCAGCGGUACCUGCUUUUUACCAAUAGCCCUCUUUUGCAAAAUGCAAAGAAAUCCAUGCCCAAUUCCAGCUAAAAUUAUUGGUGAGUCUCGUGUUUGUUUGACAGUGACCGACAAUCACCCCUUGAAGUAGGUUGUGAAGUAAAUCAAGAUGUGUGUGUAAUCAUUUUAGUAUUUUUGUAGGAUGGAAACUUCUUGUAUGAUGUAGCAAAAACUUUCUUGCAGAUCCAGGAAUUUAAAGAUUUGAAAGAGAGGGAAAGAGAGCUUUCAGCCCAAGAGGAAAGAAAAAGACUGGCUGAGCUUCAAGAAAAAAUGGCAGAGCAAGCUGCGUGGGAUAGAGAAAGGUAUAGUGUCUAGGUAUAAUGAUGAUGAUUUAAAUCAUUUUUAACUUCAAAUCUACCAGUGUUUGAUACUUAUGAAUUAGCUGGUUAGCAGUUGCAGUCCUUGACAAAAGUUUGGUCUUCUAAAGCUCACCUACAUUAGCUUAGCAUAUGAACACAAUUUACUUCAAUGAGCAGCCAUUUUUCUUUUUAUGUAUAACUUAUGUUAAGAUCUUCACCUCUGAAAACUUUCUUGUUAUUUAAGUUCUUGUACUUUUAGGGAUUGGUUGGUAAAAAAUUGGUGUAUUCUUAAAUUUGGUGCAGUACUUCACAUCUCUGUUACAGAUACCAAUUGCCAAACCAGUAACAUAUGUUAGCCUGUAGACAAGGUCAAGAGAACUGUGCAAUGAACAUUCCUAUCACUGACUGACUUAAUGUCUUUCCAGAGUACAGUAUCGCAAGGAGCAGUUAAAACUGCAGGAAGAAGAAAAGCAAAAAGCCAGAGAGUUGGCUAUUGAACAAGAAAAUGAAAAACAACGACGUCUGGAUAAACUUAGAGCACAGGCAUGUGGUAGUGCUGUUGUUUCAUUCAGCGACUUUAAAAUGAAAAUGAAAAAAAGGUCUUCACAAGUGAAGUGAAACUAAAGAAAUUGUAAAAAACAGAAGUUGAAAAAAUUUAGGCUUUGUCAAGGCUAGAGCCUGUGCCCUCCUCAGAUAUGGGUAGAGCCUUACUUCCCUCUGUGCUACAAAAGCACAUGUUUGGAACAAGGCAAAUUUUAUUUACUUCAUUUUUUUGACUUCACAUUAUCUUUUGGUAAACAGAUUUCCCAUUAUUGUAAAAAGUCAUCUUUAAUUUUUUUUUCUGAAGGUACAAGUUCAUGUAGAGGACAAUCCAGAGAGAUUAUACAAACAAACAGAGGUAAGUGGUGAAAAAAAGGUUACCAGAGGCAUGAAUCAUGUCGGAAAGGAAAGAAAAGGUGAAUAAUUUGUCAGAAAGAACAAUUCUGAGUCCUAUGUGAGGCACUGGUGUGAGUGUAGCAUGUGUGAAUGUUAGAUUAUGUAACAAUGCAAAUAUUUGAUGUGUACUUUUGGUUUGUAAGUUAAAGCUGUUUUUGUCAGUGUGUUAUCCAUUUCUAACUCUGUCAUUGCAUUUAACAACCAUGGUCAUAGCUGUUUCUUCUGGUAGCAAGAUUUAGCAGAAUAAAGCCAGUAAUUUUGAAGCAAACAUUUCCCCAUUACACUACUUUAUGUGAAACUUGUAACUCCUGUUAAUUUCUUGUUAUCGGUUGAACACCUAGGAGCAACAACUUACCUGAGGUGCCAAUCUCCAUCAUCUUUCAUUCUUUUCAGCCCUCUUUGUUUGCAUGAAUCAAAGCUAGACACCACAUAACCUGUAUUCAGACCCAAAAACAUCCACAGGGGUCACUUCAACAAAAUAAAAAAGCCAGUACUUAGAACCAAUGUUAGUUUCUUCCAUUUUCCAGGCAUCCCAAGCACGUAUGGCCAGUAUGUACGAGGAAGAACUUGACCUUCAACAACCUCUCUUUGCUGUCCAUGGAUAUGAUGAAAAAAAGGUUAAAUGCACUCAAUAUGUCAUUGUUAUCUUUAUCUGCCACAAAUUUAGUCAGUCACUGUGAUAAACCAAUUCAGUUAUGAUACAUAACCCUGAAAGAACAAUCCCAGAUGGAAAGUUUCAUUGCCAGUCGAAGCUGGAAUCAUGAAACUUUGUUGCUGCUUUUAGGUGGCGGCAGACAGAAGAUUAAAGGUUGAAAAUGCUCUGAGAGAAGCUGGCAUCCAUCACACUGAUUAUGCAAGAAGAAUCAUGGCCUCCAUCAAACCUCCUCAGGAACCAAGAAAGGAUCAGCAUUCAACUGUGUUCAAGUAUGGUUGAUUUUUUUAUUAUUAUUUGUUGUAGGCUCUUAAUCCAGACCUUAGGCUUUGCUUAUUACAUUAAAACCAAUUUUAUGUAUUUAUAACCAUCCCUUUCUCCUUUCAGCUAGCACCAUGCAGGGCCACAAAGCUUUUUCCCAUCCUCAUAAGGGUUUUUUUUUAAUGUUUUAAUUAAAUUAAAGGGAGGUAUGAGUCAUAUGAUAUUAUAAAUUGUCCUAAAAAGUUUCAGGUCUAUUUUAUUAAAUGUUCACAUAAAGGCUAACUUCAAUUUGAGUUGUUGGGUGACAGAAAUAUAAUUGGCAGAUGUUGUGGAAAAAAAGUUUUGAUGACAGAAAUACCUUCAAGGAAAAGGGAAAAGUACUUUUUGAGCAAGAAUUUGCAACACGGGCAUUUGAGAAAAAAGACUUGCAAAAGUUUUUGUUCUGUACUUUAAAACAAUUCUGGUUGUAUUGACAUUCUCUCAGCCGGUGUUGAAUACACUGAAGUACAAGUGCAUGGAGUAUUCAAGUGAUAUGGAAUCUUAAGUAGCCUUAUGACUGAUUACAGCAGGUAGCAUGGCAAGCAUUCAAUCAAGAGUCCUUGAGAAUACUUAAUACGCCCUUGACUAAUAUGAGUGCUAUAGGGUAACAAAUGAUUUCAUUCCCAAUCUAAGGGUUUUGCGUUUUUUUUUAUUUUUGCAGAAAUGACUGAUGUAUAUGCUGAUGUGGUUUGUGAAGUUAUGGUUAUUUAAGUGACAGUCUCCUUUGGUUAUACAUGAUUGCUUUACAGAAAAAAUGUGGAAUGGACAGUUACACUUUAUUAUUUAUCAUAAAAUAUGCAAAUUGAGGCCUUAUUGAUUUGGCCCCAGUUGUUGAAGCAGCAAAUAAAUCUCCAUCUGGUGGAAAGCAAGCUUUUGAUGACACUUAAGCGCCAGAUAACAAUUUAUCCAUUUUUAGAUAACAAUUAGACAAGUACCUCUUAUUUCUAAUUAGUCCUACAAUUAUAAUACAACAUUUCAUGUCAAGCUGUACACUUGGAAAAAUAUGAUUUUCAUGUCUGCAGAUGGAUACUCAUAAUAUAUUGUCUGUAUAAACCCAUAAAAUAAAAAAAUUAAAACAUUUGUUCCUUGGUUAUGUUAGAAAGGCU